UGUGUCAUUUUUUCUAUCUCUAUAUAUGGCAAAGACUAUAAGCUAGAUCUAGAUCUAUAGCUGGUAAAUUAACUCAUUGUGGAGAAGUAGAUCUAGCUAACGCCGCAAGUCUUACAGUAUGAUCAUUGAUGAGUAUCUUGUUCUUUGUACAAGCCUACUUAUUGGAGGGUUGUGGAUAAACCAAGUAUCAACGCAAUCUAAAACGCAAUCAUUGUGCAGAUGUACUCCACUUGAUGAGGAACAUACCUGCUACCCCCUAACAGGCAGAAACACCCCGGACAAAUAUCCUCAGGUGCUUCCUGGUAAUGUUUAUUUUAGCGAAAGUAGUAUCGCAUCUGGAUUCCUUUUCUUACGAGUGCCCCCACCCGACCCGAACUGUGAAACAGCUUUCCAGCACGUAAUAUGUUUGGCAGCUACACCACCUUGCAACAAUGUUACAGAUCUUCUACUGCCAGUUUGCAGUGAUAGUUGCUCAGCGUUUAAUCGUCUAGUUGAAGAAGGAAAGUGUGACUCUAUAUUACAGUCUUCUAAAAUAUUUCUGAUGUCAACUGGUGCCUCAGUGGAUAAAUUUUCUUUAGAAUUGUUAACGGAGUUUAACUGCAAUAAUGUGAGUACUUAUUAUUUUUCAUCUGACUCACUUAUUGAUGCUGAGAGAUGUACUGAUCUGCUCACACCUCAACAAACAGAUUCAAUCCUCUCUAAUCCAAAUCAGUGUGUGCCCACUCCUUCCACGAGUAUCUGUAACUCUACAACCAUCUCCCAGUACACCCACUACAUUCCUCUACGCAGUCGGAGCACAACAACCUACCAACAGUUGCUAGGAGAGGUGGCUGCUAGUGACAACUUUGACCAGAAUUGUACGGACAUUCUUCUUUCUCUCGGCUGUUACAUUACAUUUCCUCCUUGUGACCCUGAGACAGGAAAUGCACUACCACUCUGCUUGGAGGCCUGUGAAGUUGAAUAUGCUUCGAUUCAAUUUUGUCUUUCAAUGGUCACAUCAGUGAAUGAAUUAACGAUCAUGAUGUCACUGUUCAAUUGUUCUGAUGCCAAUUCCUAUCUGCCAGACUUUGUACUUGUGAGCUCGUCUCUGUGUAUCAAUUCAAGUAAAUUGCCCGAGACUGCCAUCUUCGAGAUAGUGGCUGUAAGUGUGAUAGCUGGAGCCAUUGUGGGGAGUGGUGUAUUCCUGAUUCUCGGGGUUGGACUGCUUUUUUUUGUUCUGGUUGUAUUUGUUCGAAAAAGAUCACAGCGUAACAAAGUUUCCAGGAAGCAAGGAGGUUCCCAAAGGAUGUACAAAAAAGAAAAUUUUAGCCCUAGUCACAAUGCUGAAAAUAAGUUGUUCACUGGCACUGAGGAUAUCCAACUGAGUGAUGCUGACAGAUUAUCUUAUGAGAAGGUCUUCUCUUCAAUUCUUGUGCCAUACACUGCCCUAACGGUCGGAGAGGUGAUUGGACAAGGUGCAUUUGGCAAGGUUUUUCGAGGAGAAAUGAGAAAGUUAGAUUCCUCAAAAGUUGAAGACAUUGCCAUCAAAACAAUCAAAAACUUGAGUUCGAAAGAUCAAUUGGAAUCGUUCUUUGCCGAGAGUUUGAUGAUGAAGGAUUUCAGUCACCCCAACAUUCUUAGGCUAGCUGGAGUGUGUUUUGACACUCUUGAUGGAGUACCCUACAUCCUCCUCCCAUUUAUGGCCAAUGGAAGUUUGAAGGAUUUUCUGAAGACGAAGAGAACUCACGUUACCAACGUAGAUAUUCUACCUAAGGAUCUAAAUGUUUCUACCCUGGUACGCAUGUGUAUGGAGGUAGCCAAUGGUAUGGAAUAUCUUGCUGAGGAGAAGUUUGUUCAUAGAGAUCUAGCAGCAAGGAACUGCAUGGUUGACAAUAAUCUAGUUGUGAAGGUUGGUGACUUUGGCCUAGCCAGGGACAUCUACAGUAGUGACUACUACAGAGCCAAUGAAGGAGCCAAGAUCCCAGUCAAGUGGAUGGCUCCAGAGACACUCCAUGAUGCCAUUAGCAACGAGAAAACUGAUGUGUGGUCAUUUGGUGUGACUUGUUGGGAGGUGUUCUCUUUGGGACGAGGCCCGUAUCCAGGGAUACGAAACCAGGAUAUUCUCAAACACAUCUCCACUGAAAACAGGAGAUUAAAGAGACCGUCACUAUGUCCAAAAAUGCUAUAUGAACUUCUGAUGACCCCAUGUUGGAAGUUGCUGCCUGAGGAGAGACCACCAUUCAGUCAGCUGGUGGAACAGCUACAAGAGCACUGGGAGGAGAAUCACGCUUACAUUAUUGAAAACACUGACACACCGAGUAACAAUUAACUGGAUUAUGAAUUAUACAAUGCUGUGAAUUUCUACUUUUUAAAAUAAAGUAGCUUUAGUUAGUGCAACUCUCUUGUAAUUUAUAUUUCUCAUUAAUGCUCACAUGAUAAGAUUUUGCUCAUAAAAAUUAUUAUUGUUUUUGCUAUAACAGUUACAGUAAAGAAUAAAAACGGUUACGAUA